CAAUUUUCAAUGGAUUCUCAAGACUCACGCUUCACUACGCCACCGCCUGAUUACGGUAACCUUUAUGACGUAGAGACUCCACCGCCUGCUCAGCCUCGCUCUCCUCUCUCUCUCCCUGACUCUCAAAAGACUAUGCAGUCAUGGGACUCUCGCAAUGGCCCUAGGCCUCAAAUCAACGAAUCACAGCCUUCUCCUCCUCUCUUUAUCCCAGAUUCCCAAGCAGACUCCUCUCAAGAGCUCUCUCGGGGGACUAAUUACCGCUAUAUUUGUGCCCCUGAGACUUUACGUAAUAAGCGGCUCCGGAUUCAAAUAGCCCUUCUCUUCCGUAUACCUCACGCAGAAAUCAAAGAGAGGCUAGACAUUACAGACUUCUAGAUUAAGUACGCUAGGAAUCACUGUCUUACGCCACAAAAGGCUUGCUAUAUAAUCAAGCUUUACAUACCUGAGAAAACAACCCUUAAGGUAUUACUACUUUCCUCUCCUUCCCACUGCCACGUAGCGUACCACAAGAUCUCUCACCACCUUCUAUAGCUCCACGCUAAGGAGCAGGCUAUCCGGACAGCUAUUUAAGAUAUUGGCUACUAUUACCGGGUAUUAAGAAAGAAAGGGGUUUCAGACGAUCCUACUAUAUGUCAGAAGAGGCUAGACUUAGCAGAGAACAGAAGCACGUGGCCAUAUUUACAUAUAUAAAGUAUCUGCUUUACAGACGAAGUAUGGGCCUUUAGCAGAGC